GCCGCGGGAGGAGGACUCUGGAGUGGGGGUGGGGGUCCCCCGCGCUGGGCCUGCUGCCUUUGGUGUCCAGAGGCGACAUCUCAGACCCGGUAGGAGUCCCGAGCCUGGUCUUGGCCUGGAGCCUCUCCUCUUCCCGGACGUCCUGGUGCCGGUGCUGCCUUUCUUUGGCCCCGGGCCGGGAGGAGGGCAGCCCUUGACUCUCAGGGCGCCCAGCACUGCAAAGGGGCUUCCAAAACCCAACAUAUAAAGCUGGUAAAAGCAGAGCAGAUCUGGUCAGGUCCUGAGACGCUGAGCCCAGAGCAAUGUUGCGGAAGACAGUGCUCUUGCUGGCCCUGGUGGACCAGGUGCUGGUGCUAGAGAAUGGGCUCCUGCGGAAGCCACCCAUGGGCUGGCUGGCCUGGGAACGCUUCCGCUGCAACAUUGACUGUGAUGAGGACCCAAAGAACUGCAUCAGUGAGCAGCUCUUCAUGGAGAUGGCCGACCGGCUGGCACAGGACGGAUGGCGGGACCUGGGCUACACAUACCUUAACAUCGAUGACUGCUGGAUUGGUGGACGCGAUGCCAAAGGCUACCUGGUGCCUGAUCCCAAGCGCUUCCCCAAUGGCAUUGCCUUCCUGGCUGACUAUGCUCACUCCUUGGGCCUGCAGCUGGGCAUCUAUGAGGACAUGGGCAACCUCACCUGCAUGGGUUACCCAGGCACCACGCUAGACAAAGUGGUCCAGGACGCUCAAACCUUUGCUAAGUGGAAGGUAGACAUGCUGAAGCUGGACGGCUGCUUCUCAACCCCGGAGGAACGGGCCAAAGGGUACCCCAUGAUGGCUGCGGCCCUGAACGGCACAGGUCGCCCCAUCGCCUUCUCCUGCAGCUGGCCAGCCUACGAAGGGGGCCUUCCCCCCAAGGUAAACUACAGUCUGCUGGCAGACACCUGCAACCUCUGGCGCAACUAUGAUGACAUCCAGGACUCUUGGAGCAGCAUGCUCUCCAUCCUGGACUGGUUUGUGGACCAUCAGGACAUACUGCAGCCAGUGGCAGGCCCUGGACACUGGAACGACCCAGACAUGCUGCUCAUUGGGAACUUCGGCCUCAGCUUCGAGCAAGCCCGGGCGCAGAUGGCCCUGUGGACUGUGCUGGCAGCCCCCCUCUUCAUGUCCACAGACCUGCGCACCAUCUCUGCCCAGAACAUGGACAUUCUGCAGAAUCCACUCAUGAUCAAAAUCAAUCAGGAUCCCUUAGGCAUCCAGGGACGCAGGAUUCUCAAGAGCAAAUCCUUCAUUGAAGUGUUCCUGCGGCCCCUGGCCAGCAAUGCCUAUGCCUUAGUCUUCUUCAGCCGCAGGACGGAUAUGCCUUAUCGCUUCCACUCCUCCCUUGCCCAGCUCAACUUCAGCAGCUCCAUUUUGUAUGAGGCCCAGGAUGUCUACACCGGUAGUAUCAUCAGUGGCCUCCAGGCUGAGACCAGCUUCACAGUGAUCAUCAAUCCUUCAGGGGUGGUGAUGUGGUACCUGUAUCCUGUUAGGAAGCUGAGGGUACCCCAGCUAUGAGGAGCUGAGACACAUGACAGGCUGCAGCAGCACCACUGAACCCAGACCGUGGAGCCUUGGCUUGCUGAGGGCCAAUAGGCGGGGUUCUCUGCUAUCCAGGCCUGCUCGGUGAGCAACUCCAUCAGACCCAAAGUGUAAUCUCAGGGCCAGGUUUCACGUGCUGCCCAAGUGUGAACCCUCCUGGAAACAUCUUGGGCACUUUCCCGUGGCCUUCCUGGCCUCUUACCUCAUCUGCACAGCACCACAGAUGUUGCUGAACAACUUGGCCAGCCUCCUGAGUCCCCAUAGGCAGGGGCACUGGUACCCAUCAGGACUCUAGCCUCUGACCUUUUAUUGACUCUGAAAUCAAGAUUUGGAAUUUUUCUUAUAAUUAGGAGUGGAGAUUUGACCUCUUGUCAGGAACUUCCAUGAAUCAUGUGGUUGGCUUUUCUGCCUGGAGGAAGCCUUGCAGGCUGACACUGCAAGGGAGUGACCUUGGCCCCCUAGGGUCACCAAUAAAGCUGUUCUUUAGUCACAUAUGUAUAACGUGGACCUGGGACUAUGGGCACCUUCAGUUGGGGACUCUGGCAGUACAUAGGGUGCUGGUUUUAAAUCUUGCCUCAUGUGAAAGAUGUGUGGCAUCUUCUGGCCUCUCAUUUUCCAAAGUGACCUGCAGAUUAUACGUCAGUCCAGACUUGCCUCUUACCAGGGAGCCAUCCCUGCUCUGUCCAAUACAAUGGCGGUGGUGGUGACAACACAGUGAGGCAGAGUAGCAGUGGUCCCAGGCCCUCUUUGUCUUGCGCAUCCCUUCCCCACCCCGUUCAGACAUUCCAGGCUCUGCUGGCCAAGACCACCACUCUCACCUGCCCCUCAGCUGCACGGACAAGGCCCUGAUCUGCUAAGGAACUUUGCAUUGUUGCCUUAGACACCUUUCAGCUCAUCCCGCCUCUUCUGACAGGGCUUCAUUCAGCAGUUCUCAGGCUGGGUGCCAGUGAGUGAGGUUCUGCUCUGCCUUUCUCCCGCAGGGUCCCUGCAGCUUGUCCUCUCCCCUAGUUUUCUCCCCCCUAACCUGGCUGCAGUGUUAGAUCCUAUGUGUCUUAGAAAAGUCUAGGAUCUCUAUGUGUCUUAGAACAUAUUUCCUGUUCCUCCUCCUAGAGAAAGGGUUUAAAGUAAAAUAAUAGCACAUUCUUGACUGCUUUCCUUUGGUUCCUAUUUCCUAAGCCCUCUUCCUUUAGCUGAGACAGGGCACCUGUCUUCCCUGAUGUAAGUCAGCAAACUUGAAGAUAGGUCCAUUGGAAUUAACCUAUCUGAAGAAUAGAAAGAAGGAGGAAGAAAAAUGCUCAGAAGCUCAGAGGCUCGCGGGAUACCAUGCAACAUACCAACAUACAUAUAAAGAAAGGGCAGAAAGAAUAUUUGAAAAGAUAAUGGCUCAAUUCUUCCCAUAUUUGGUGACAAAUAUUAAUCUACACAUCCAAGAAGCUCAAUGAGCUCCUGGUAGGAUAAGUUCAAUGAGAUCCAUAUCUAGAUACAUCAUAUUCAAACUCUCAGAAAACAAAGGGAGAAUUUUUUAAAGCAGCAAGACAAAAGUGACUCAUCACACAUCACAUACAAGAGAAAAUACUUUUGAGAUCAAUGAAAAUGAAUACACAACAUACCAAAAUUACUAAAAUACACCACUCUAAAACCUAGGAGUGAAAGUAGUGAUCAGAGGGAAAUAUGGAAGUUGCCUAUAUUAAAAAGAAUGUAAAGACAACUCACACAAUGGCAGAAAAUUUCUGCAAUUCGUAUUUCUGAUAAAGGAAUUCUAUUUAAAAUAUAUAAAAAGCUCUUAAAACUCAAUAAUACAAAGAAAUAGCUCAACUAAAAAUGGGCAAGCAGCCCUGAUCAGUGUAACUCAGCCUCCUCCCACAAAGUGAAAGUCGCCAGUUUGACUCCCAGUCAGGGCACAUGCCUGUGUUGUGGGCUCUUUUCUCCAGAGCCUUGCAGAAAGCAAGGGUGCUUGCAGAAAGCAACCAAUUGAUGUUUCUCACCCUCUCUCCCUCCCUUCCUCUUUCUCUAAAAUAAAUGAAUAAGUAAAUAAAAUCUUCAAAAGAACUUUAAAAAAUGGGCAAAGUAUCUGAAUAGGCAUUUUUCCAAGGAAGAUAGGUAAAUGGCCAAUGCUCAACAUCACUAACCAUUAGAGAAAUGCAAAUAAAACAAUGAGAUACCACUUCACAACCAGAAGGGUGCCUAGAAUAAAAAUGUAAUAAGUGUUCGCAAGGAUGUGGAUUGGAAUCCCCAUACCUGCGGGUAGGAAUAUAAAACUGGUACAGCAGAUUGGAAGAUGGUCUAGCAUUUAAUUCCUCAAAUAAUUAAAUAUAGGGUUAUCAUAAGACACAGAAAUUCCAUGUCUAGGUGUAUACCCAAAAGAAAUGAAAACAUAUGUCCACACAAAACCUUGUAAACAAGUAUUUCUAGCACCACUAUUUACAAGAGCCAAAAGGUAGAAAUAAUACAAAUGUCCUCCACCAAUUGAUGAAUGGAUAAACAAAAUAUGGUUACCAAUACAAUGGAAUAUUAUUCAGCCACAAAAUGGAGUAAAAUACUGACAUGCUACAUGGAUGAAUUUUGAAAACAUCAUGCUAAGGGAAAGAAGCCAGUCACAAAGACCACACAUCAUGAUUCCAUUCAUAUAAAAGUCCAGGAUAGGAAAAUCUAUACAGAGACAGAUAGUGUUUGCUUAGGACUGGGUGGGGAAGAUGGGGGUAUAGGUAAUGGCAGCUAAAAGGUACAAGCUUGCUUUCUGAGGUGAUGAAAAUGUCCCUAAAUUGACUGGAAUGAUGGCUGCACAUAUCUGUGAAUAUAUUAAAAAUCAUUGAAUUGUAUACAUUAAAAUGGGUGGACUAUGUGAUAUGUGAAUUAUAUAGCAAUAAAGCUGUUUAAAAAAAGCAAAUAAA